AUGCAUGCCCAAGUCAUCGUGCCGACGGAUUUCAACCUCGAUGAGUUCCCCGACAGCCUAGCGCGGUGUGCCUUUAACACUGCCACCUCACUCGCGGCCGCUUCAUUAUUUUCCGUGUACGUUCCGCACAAUGUUUUGUCGUUGAAGCAGUUGGGAAAUCUCGUCCAGGCAAUUCCGCAGUUCCCGAGUUUGACGACAGCCCAACAGAACGAGUAUAAUCGCAUGGUGGAUUUGCGCGGGCUAAACAAUGGCAAGGGUGGCAAAGAGUUUACACCCGAUGACCAACGGACACCAGCCACGAGCGAGCCGCAUGAUACCACCAUUCCCUUUAACACUCCACGUUACCCAGAUUCACCCCCCGCAUAUGAAGAAUGCCUGAGUGAGGGACAGCAGUCGAGAGCCAGGUCCGAUGUUGCAGCCAUCUCUGCCGACAGUCCCGUCGGCGACCGUGCCUUGUCGGAGUAUGGAGGCAGGGAACGGAAUGCUUUUAAACGCCUGCUCAAUCGCGGGAGCGAAGACAUCGACCUGCCCUUAUCUAAAAGAAACGCCCAACUCUCAGGAAACCUAAAAGAGGGUGCCGAGGAACUUCAAAGGCAGAAUAAAAGAAUCGAGGGACAGCGUGAUGACGGGGAAGAAUACUGCUGUGUCUUGGAGAAGCGCCAAGUUGAGAACGAGGAGGCCAUCGAGUCUGUAGCCAUCCAUGCUGACGAGCUGGCUGGAGAGUUCGAGAAGCUCCGGAAGCAAUUGCUUGACGUUUGUGAUGAGGUGAAGGACUGGGCGGAGAAUAACAUGCAAGAGAUGAUGGACAAGUACAUAGAGAAUUGGCUUGAGGAGAACAUGAGCCAAAAGUUCAUGGACAAAUGGCUUCAGGAGAACAUGGGCGAAAAGUACAUGGAGAAAAGGCUUGAGGAGAACAUGGUGAAAACCAUGAAACGUCACAUCGAAGACCAGGUUGCGACUAAAAUAGCUGAAAUGAAGACGAAGAUGCGCGAAGCCCUUUUAAACUAG